GCAAAGAGUUGGACACGACUGAGCGACUUUCACAUGUAGCUCUAUGAAACAAUUCUAUGAAUGUGUGUUCAUCGCAAAAAUGGGGAAACAAGCAAGAGCCAGACAGCCAUGUGGUUUUUCUACACCCUGGAGGCAAUGAGAGGGAAAAGUGGAAGAGGAUUAGCGGAACCCUUGGUGAGCAGCCAACAGCUUGCAAAUGAGUCCUGGGGAAGGAAUGGGUUAAGCAGUUUAAAUAGAAGCUCAGGAGGUUCCAACUCAACUGGGCAGCAAACUGCCUCUCUGGUCCUCCAUGAAGUCCUCCCCGAGGCCCUGAGGGAGUUGAGACUCCUGAGCAGAGAAGUCCGGCAAUCCACCCACCCACGCUGCUCAGCUAAAGGAGCAGCCUCUGCUCUGGGCCAUCCAGAACGCGGGCUGUGUGUCAGGCGCCUCACCUGCACUAGCUCCCCGAACCCUCUCUCAAGUCCGGGAGGCAGGUGCUGCUCAUUGAGGACCAGCUGUGUGCCUGACUCAUCUGUCUGAGACAUACGCAUUAAGUGCCUACUAUGUCCCAGACAGAGAAGGAAAUGGCAACCCGCUCCAGCAUUCCCACUGUUCUCAGUACUAGGUCUACAAGAAGUGUCCACCUUCUGUACAGAGAGGAUGGGAUACAUCAAGGGGCCCAAAGGGGGGUGAUAUCCAGACAUGACUUCCUCCCUGAUUCUCUCAAAGUUUCAAGGGGGAGAGAGGGACAGGACAGGAUGUGGGAUUGACGGCAGGGUCUGUGAGCAAAGAAUGAGCAGGUUUUGAGGAACUCCUGUGGUGAGAAUCAAGCCUCCCAGGAGGAUCAGAAGAGCUGCUUCCAUAUCUGAACCGGGAAGGGCAGGCAGUGGUCCGCCAAGUGGGCUGAAGCUGCGGAUGAGAGGGUCAGGCCCCCCAGGGCCUGGCAGUGCCUCAAAUCAGUGAGAGUGUCAGUGGACGAGGCCAGAGACCGCAGACCCCAAAAUAGAGCCUCCUCCGCCCCGCUGGCCUCUGGCUGAGUCACCCUGGAAUGUGACUGGGGCCCAAGUUGGAUUCCAAGCCCGUGGGCUGAAGGAGCUGCUGGCACUUCAAGGGUCAGAUGCCCAGGCCCCCAGCUUCCUGCCUUUGUCUGCGCCUCCUCGGGACUUCUCUGGGGAAAGAUGAGUGAUGCCAGCAAUAACAGUGGGCCCGCUCCGGAGCUCCGGCAAAGCCGGAGUGAAAGGCGUGGAAAGGAAGCGCCACCCACACCCCAAAAGAUGUCGGGCGGAAACCUCCUCCUGCAUCUGGGCAGGUCGCCAAAACCUCUCUGUGUCUCAGUCUCCUCACUGGAAAAGUGGGGGUCCAUGUGGCCACUUGGGGCGACUUGGGGCCAGGGUCGCAUGAAGACUGCCUGGAUUAGAGACCUAGACCCUCCACGGUGGGCCCUCGGGCAAAUGGCUUAGCUCUUUCUGGGCCUCAGUUUCAUCUGCUGUAAAAUGGGCUCGAUAGGAAUACUUCCUUCCGCAAGUGAUACUGGAAGGUUGUUGCUGAACCACGAAGAUUCUUGACCUCCGGAGGAGAAGAGUUCAAUCCGGGGCCAGAGACGAGGCUUGAUUGCUCAGACCUUUUGUGCAAUAAAGUUUUAUUAAAGCACCCAGCAAUUAGACCGAUUGUGGAAUGCAGCGUCGGAAUGAGCCCAGGACAGGAAGGCGUUGUCUUGAGGGUCAAAUGGCAGACUCGGGGCUUUUGGAGUCAGCAGAAGUAGGCUCACAUAGAUUAUCAGGCCCAUCUGAAAAAUACAAAGUCAGAGCAUAGAAAGUAAAGACAUAAAAUGACGUCACCUAGUUCUGGUCAAGGUACCACCUUUUAACUCAAGUGUGAUGCACCCACGAAUCAAUUCCUGGCGCUUUGACAGUGGUGGGAAAGAAAGAAUAACCUGGUAAGGGCCUUCCCAGAGAGGCCUGAGAGAUUGGCCCCCAGAUCCCAAUGUUUUUAUCAGGACCUCGGUUCUUGGCUCAAACAGAGGCUUGCUUGACUCAGAGGCUGGGUCAGGAGCCAUCUCCUGGAGUUCAGUUAGUGCCUGUUGAAAAGCUGAGAGCUGAGUUACAUAAUUAGUUAAUUCUAAGGCUUUAGGAAAACUUUUCCAUUGAGCAUUUUCAGGAAUUACUAAUCAUCCAUCCUUGGACUGUAACCAUCCUUUAUCAGUCAUCUUUGCUCCUCUUUUCUCAUAUCUUUCUAAUUCUUCCUCACAGUAUUGUGGUUUUUCCUGUUCACAGCACCUGUCCAGAUCAAAGGCAUCUGCAGUGAGGGGUUUCGUAAAGUGCCACUUUUCUGGCUUGACAAUCAGCCAGCUGAUCACCUUCAGCUUCUUUAUUCCCGCCCCUGCUGUGCCCUUUGUAAUGCAUAACAGCUACUUCUUUAGGACAAUAUAUAGCAGUUAAAAGUCUCUGGAUCUCUCUGAAAUGCUUAAUAGGUUCUCCUGUUGCCAGUUGUAAACUUUCUUUACAUAUUGCAGCAUGAGCAUGUAAAAUCAAAUAAGCAUACUUAGAAUCAGUGUAGAUAUUUACUCGCUGCCCUUUGCUUAACUCUAGAGCUCGGGUCAGAGCCACAAGCUCCGCUAACUGAGCGCUGGUUCCCUGGGGGAGAGAUUUUGCUUCUAAAACUUGUUCAGCCAUCACCACGGCGUAACCUGCUUUACGCUUCCCCUUCCGAGCAAAAGAACUGGCAUCUGUAAAUAUUUCCAUGUCAGGAUUGUCUAAUGGGGUAUCCAUUAGAUCUUCCCGAGCUGCAUAAAGUUAGAAAUUGGGAACAGUCGUGAUCAGGUGUUUCAUUUUCCUUCUCAGGAAGCAAAGUGGCAGGAUUUAUAUUUCCACAAACUUUAAGCUUAUUUACUGGUCCUUCUAACAACAAUGACUGAUAUUUAAGAAGCCUACUGUCUGUAUCAUCCAAGUAUUAACCUUAGAAUUUAAGAUUCCACUCCCAUUAUGAGAAGUCAAUACAGUAAGAUUUCAUCCAUGAAUUAUUUUUAAAGCCUCAGGUGUUAAUAAAGCUGUUGCCCCAAUUACCCUUAGACACACAUGUGGUCACCCAUGUGAAAUUAUGUCUAAUUAUCUGCUUAGAUAAGCAAUAGGUUGCUGCUGAGGCCCUUGAGGAUGGGUCAAAACUCCCAAGGCCAUACCUUUUCUUUCAGUGACAAACAAAUUAAAUUCUGACCCUUUGGGCAAGCUCAAAGCGGGAGCUUGCAGGAAAGCAGUCUGAAGAACCUUAAAAGCCUUUUGAGUAUCUGGAGACCAAACCAGUUUGUCGGUUUGGGCCUGCUGAGUCUCAGCGAUAAGUUUAUAUAAAGGUCGGGCAAGUUCCCCAUAACCCGGAAUCCAAACGCGACAGUAGCCUGUGAUUCCCCAAAACCCUCUCAGUUGUCUUAAAGUCAUAGGUAGGGGAUAAUUUAGUAAAGGUUUAAUUCUCUCGGGGCCUAUGGCGCUAGUCCCUUCUGAUAUGAUUAGGCCCAGAUAUCUAACGGACUGUUGACAAAGCUGAGCCUUUUCUCUUGAUGCCUUGUAACUGCAGCCUGCCAGGAAGUUUAAGAAAUCUUCUGAGGCUUGUGAGCAAGCUUCCUCUGUCUCAGCACAGAGCAGAAUAUCAUCUGCAUAUUGUAGUACCACUGCUUCAGAGCCUCUCAUCAACCUGCCUAGGAAUUGACUCUCUCAAUACCAGUGAGCCUGAGGGCCCAUCAGGCAUCAGCCAUUAUUACCAAGCAAGGAAACCUUUGGAAAAUUCAUGCUGUUGUUGUUUAGUCGUUCAGUUGCAUCUGAAUGUUUUGUAACCACAUGGACGGGAGCCCACCAGGACCCUCUGUUCAUGGGAUUUUCCAGGCAAGAACACCGGAGCGGGCUGCCAUUUCCUUCUUCAGGGGAUCUUCCCAGCCCAGGGAUGAAACCUGCGUCUCCUGCACUGGCAGGCGGGUUCUGUACCACUGAGCCCCCAGGGAAGACCCCUUGGAGAAUGCAUAGGACCUGCCAUAUAGCUGAUGCUCAAGAAAUGGCACCCAAGAGUCAUGUUGGUCCUGCUUCUCAGACCCACUCCAGCUGCCCUCCGGUUGCCAGGUGCCAGGCACUGUUCUGUAACCCCCUUCAUCUUCGUCACAGCCCGAUGUGGGCAGUAGUGUCAACACUCCUAUUUUACAGACGAGGAAGUGGGCAGGGAGAAGCAAAGUCUCGUGGCCAGCAAGAAGCACCUCUGGUUGGAAGCCAGGAGGUGUGGUGCUCAAGUCGGGCCCCUGACCUGUCCCGUCCCCUCCAAACCCCCACUCUGGUGCAAAAGUCUCCACUCCUGUGUCCCGUCCUUGGGUCCCGACCUGGGCUGGGCGGGGCUGGUGCACACUGGGCUCCUCCCACCCGUGCUCUGCCAUCCCGGAAACGGAGCCUUCAGGAGAAGCUGGCUUCCAGAGAGAUGAGGGGCACACAGAAGGGUCCUUUCCCGCACCCCCUUGGAGUCCCAGAGCUGCACCUUUUGAGUCUGCUCAGUGAGGGGCUCAGGGGCAGGGUGGGGUGGGGAGAGGAGGCGGUGGGUGGGGAGGUGCUUCCUGCUGCCCUGCACCCUCACCCCUGCUGGGGCUUCCAAACUGCCCAGACUCCAGUCCUCCAGUCUAGCCAGUCUGUCCAUCCACCACCUGUCUCCCCGGCAACAGGCCAUGGUGGAGGAAGGUAGACCGGGAUGGGGAAAAGGAUGAAGGGAAGGUGGUCCGCCCUGGUCUGCUGGGCAUGGCACCAAAGCCCCUGUCCUGGGAGCCGGGGAGUCGGAUGCCAGGCCUGGCUCGUGAGGGACCGCAGCCUCCACUCCCACCUGUGUUGAUUUAGUCUCCUGACUCGUCUUCCUCCUGCCUCUUGCUCUUGCAGCCUUCUCGCAGGGAGUGGGGUGUGUUGCGUGGCGUGCACCGUCUUAGUAUCUUAGUUCCCCGACCAGGGAUCGAACCUGUGUCCUAUGCAGUGAAAGUGCAGAGUCCUAACCACUGGACAGUCAGGGAGUUCCCUCUUGCAACCCUUUAAAAGCAUAAUCACAUUACUUCCUAAAUCCUAUUUCAAACCCUCCAGAGGGUCUCCAUCACACUUGAAAUAAAAGCCAGACUCUCUCCUUGGCUACUGGCCCUUCUCGUCCACAGGUCAUCCCCAGCCUUUCAGCCCCACAGUCUUCUCCAUGCCAGCCACAUGGGCUCCUGCUGCCUUGAGAGCCUCACCGUAGGUGCUCCUACCCCAGGACCUUUGCACUUGCUGUCCCCUCUGCCUAUAAAGUUCACCCCUCUCUUUCUCCAGGUCUCUGGUCACCUGGCACCUCUUGGAGAGACCCUCCCUGACCACCAUCUGUGAACUAGCCCUCUGACUGUGUCACAGCACCUUCCUUUUUUCUUUAAUGACAUACAGUUCAUCUACUAUAAAAUUCAGUCUUUCAAAACAUAUAACGAGUCAUAUGUUUUCAGUAUCGUUUUUAGCAGAGGUUUUUAGUACCAUCACCGGUGGUGUAGCCAUCAUUGCUAUCUAACUCCAGAGUAUUUUCAUCUCUCCAAAAAGAAACCUGGUCCCCAUGAGCUGUCCCUCUGCAUUCCCCUCUCCCCUCAGACCCUGGAGACCACAAAUCUACCUUCCCUCUCCAUUGGUUUGCCUUUUCUGGACAAUUCCAUGGAAAUAGACUCACACACUGCGUGGCCUUUUGUGUCUGGCUUCUUUUGCUCAGCGUGGUGGUUGCGAGCUGAUUCCACACUGUGGCAGGAAUCCGGACUCCCCUCCUUUUCAUGACUGCAUAAUGUUCCACGGCGUGAAUACACCAGGUUGUGUUCAUCCAUUCAUCAGUCAGUGGGCAUUUGGGUUGGCUCCACUUUGGGGCUGUUAUGAUGAAUGUUACUAUGAAACAAUAGUGUGUGUCUCGAUGUGUGAGCAUGUGUUUUCAGUUCUGCGGGAUCUAUUGCUGGGUCAUAUAGUCACUCUUCCUUUCUAGAAGCUGCCAGUUUAGUUUCUGGAGCAGUUGCACCAUUGUGCAUUCCCACCAGAAAUGUAUGAGGAUUCCAUCUCUCCACAUUCUUGCCAGCCCUUAUUUUCCUUUGUUUUGUUUUGUUUUUUUAUAAUUAUGGCCAUCUUAGUGGGUUUGAAGUGGUACUGCGUGUUGUUUUGAUUUGCAUUUCCCCGGUGAUUCAUGAUGUGGGGUGUUUUUUUCAUGUGCUCACCGACCAUUUGUGUAUCUUCCUUGGAGAACUGUCUAUUCAGACUCCUCUGUGUGUUUUUAAAUUGGGUUAUUCGUUUUGUGCGUUGCCAUGCUCUCCAACCUCAUCCGCUCUUGGUGGGCAUGACAGGAAGUGUGAGAUGGCCAGGACCCUGGUCCUUGCUGGCUCAGACAGAAAGCUCUGUAUCCUUACACACCUGCAGGGAGAUGACCACCUUGAUUGGACCCCCUGAUACGUACCAACAUCAGCUGGUCCCCCAGCUCCUGCUCUCAGACUGCUGUGGUCCAUUCCCUACUCAGCAGUAAAAGGAAUCUUGUAAAAACCUGAGCCAAAUCCUGUCCCUCGUCUGCUCCAAACUCGCCUGGCUCCCACCUCACUCAGGGAAAAAGCUAAAGACCCCAGAGUUGCCUCCAAGACCUCAUGUGGUCUGGCCUCUGUUACCACUCUGGCUCAACUUCCGCUAUUUCUUGCUUCUGCCAAUCCAGCCACACUGGCCCCCUCACUGUUCUUUGAACACACCAGGCCUGAUCCAACCUCAGGGCCGUUGCACUUGCGCUGUGUGCCUGGGAGCUCUCCUUUUAGCCAUCCGUGUGUCUCCCUCCCUCUCCGCCUUCAGGUCUCUGAUCAAAUGUCUCCUCAGGGAAGCCUUGCUGUUGUCGUUCAGCCACUAAGUCAUGUCCUACUCUUUGUGACCCCAUGGACUGCGGCGCGCCAGGCUUCCCAAGGUCUCAGCCCAUGCCCUGCACUCUUUAUCUUCUUCCUGGCUUUAUCCAAUGGUGACAAGUGCUGUGAC